GCCAUUGGCCAGGUGAGGCCCUGUGUACCUUUCCUGGCCUAGCGCUACCCUCCAGAGACCAGCCUUGCCCCAAACCGAAGCUUGGCUUCCAGUGGGGGCCAUGUGGCCGCGUGAAUGACCAGCCAGGCUUCCCAUGAGGCUAGGCCUCUCAGGCCUGGGCCAAAGAGCUUCCUGCUCACCGAGAUGAGGAAUGCAUCAGGCUUUCUGAAAACAGCCAGAGCUCCCUUGGUGUCAGCGACCUGGAUUCCACCCAGCCCCUCUCCGGCAAUGCCCACGGUGGCAGCCGGGCCGCAGAUGGAGCGUGUGGACAACGGCUCACAGGGGCCCCCCCAGCUCUUCCUCACCAGUGCAUUGGCCCGAGGCGUGUCAGGCGUGUUUGUAUGGACUGCUCUGUUCCUAACCUGCCACCAGAUCUACUCGCACCUGCGUUCCUACACCGUCCCGCAAGAGCAGCGCUUCGUCAUCCGCCUCCUGUUCAUUGUGCCCAUCUACGCCUUCGACUCAUGGCUCAGCCUCCUCCUCCUCGGGGGCCAUCCAUACUACGUCUACUUAGACUCUGUGCGAGACUGCUACGAAGCAUUUGUCAUCUACAGUUUCCUGGCCUUGUGCUUCCAAUAUCUGGGGGGAGAGAGCGCCAUCAUGGCUGAGAUCCGUGGCAAACCCAUCCGGUCCAGCUGCUUCUAUGGGACCUGCUGCCUCCGUGGCAUGUCCUAUUCCAUCACUUUCUUACGUUUCUGCAAACAGGCCACACUACAGUUCUGCAUCGUGAAACCUGUCAUGGCUUUGACCACCAUCAUCCUCCAGGCUUUCGACAAAUACCACGAUGGGGACUUCAACAUCCACAGCGGCUACCUGUACGUGACCCUCGUGUACAAUGCCUCAGUUAGCCUGGCUCUCUAUGCUCUGGUCCUUUUCUACUUCGCUACCAGAGACCUCCUGAGGCCCUUUGAGCCAAUGCUCAAGUUCCUCACCAUCAAAGCCGUCAUCUUCCUCUCCUUCUGGCAGGGAAUGGUGCUGGCCAUCUUGGAGAGGUUUGGGGUCAUCCCUGAGGUCCAGGCCGUGGACGGCACCAGGGUGGGGGCUGGUACCCUCGCCGCUGGCUACCAGAAUUUCCUUAUCUGCGUUGAGAUGCUGUUUGCCUCGCUUGCGCUGCGCUAUGCCUUUCCCAGUCAGGUGUACUCAGAGAAGAAGAACUCGCCAGCCCCGCCAGCACCUAUGCAGAGUAUAUCCAGUGGCUUAAAGGAGACCAUCAGCCCACAGGACAUUGUCCAGGACGCCAUCCAUAACUUCUCACCAGCAUACCAGCAGUAUACACAGCAGUCCACACACGAAGCUCCUGGGCCUGGCCAGGGUGGGCACCCAUCGUCCAGCACCCACCCUGGCCCAGCCAGCAGCUCCGGAGGGGGUAAGAAGAGUCGCAACAUAGAGAAACGCAUGCUGAUUCCGUCAGAGGACCUGUAGGGGCAUGGGGUGUGUGGAACCUAGCAGGGGACCCACCCAUCAGCAUUUCUUUUGACAGAGGCCCAGCCUCUUCUGAGAGCUCACUGGGGGGCGCAUUGGGCCUCUCUAUUCCCUAUAUAUCGCCCAGAGCGAAGUCACCUGGGCAAAUUGGACAAACCUAAGGACCCAGUGAGAUGUCUUAGUUACAGCCUGCAGGUGGCGCUUCCUUCCACAGGCAGAAGCAGCGCAUGGUAGAUCCCAGGCUGUGUCACUGCAGAGAGAGAUGGCCAGGGAGAAUGGGCCCAGUCACUCAGGCCUGGGGAGCCACAUAGCCUCGGCCUGGCUGUGGCUAUCUUAGAUGUAUGAAGAAGGCCCUUUGUCCUGCGUUCUAGCACAGAUACUUGGCCAAGCCCUCCCAGGGGCAGCCUAACCUAUUCCGCACAACAGGGUUGCCAGGGCGCCAGCCUGCCAGCUACUGACUGCUUAUUUAUAGAUAAACUCCUUGCAUUUUUUAGAGUUUGUUGGGCUUUCUUUUCAUGUGGGGCUUGUCUUCUGAGUGAUGGAUCCCUAAGUAGUGGGUUCGCUGGGGCCCACAAAGCAAGGCUGGAUGUCAGAAACAGCCAAGGUGUGAGCCAUGAUGUGGCUCAGAGCAGUAUAGGGCAAAGGGUGUGGACCUUGUCCCCAGAUGACCAGCUCUGUUCCACAACAAAAGUUGGGACAGUCACCUCCCUCUGAACCUCAGGUUGGCCCAACCCUAAAGUGUUUUUUUUUUUUUUUUGGUUUUUCGAGACAGGGUUUCUCUGUAGCUUUGGAGCCUGUCCCGGAACUAGCUCUUGUAGACCAGGCUGGUCUCGAACUCCCAGAGAUCCGCCUGCCUCUGCCUCCCAAGUGCUGGGAUUAAAGGCGUGCGCCACCACCGCCCGGCUCUAAAGUGUUUUAUAAAGCUUGUGGCACACAGCCUAGCAUGCCCGAGUACAGGGACUCAGGCCUGGGAGCCCCCUUCUGUCUUUCCUCUUCCUGUGUACCCAGUUCAGUGCUCAGGGAGUCUGGGAUAGGCUAGACUGGCUUUGGAAACACGGAGGACAAAGGUAACAGGUAGGGAGUCAGUGACCAGCUGUCCAGGCAAGCAACCAGACAGAAGUGCCUGGUGGAAACCACCCAGGAACAGCAUCGCUUUGCCCAGUUGCCAGCUCCCAGAGCCCACAGUAUCAGACAAGGCGGGUGCACUUCCCUGCCUUCUUGUUCUCGGGGCCCAGAGACAGGAGGAGUCAAGGCCAGUGGCAUCUCCCUGGUCCUUCUGGGUUGAUAAGAUAGACUCUGUUCCUCCCUGCACCUGACUGUAAAAAGCCACCCACACCCACUUAUCUGCCUUCUGGGAUGGGCAGGCCCACAGGGUGGCCCCCUCAGCCCACACAGUUAGCAGAACUGGGAGGGGCUCAAUACUCCACUGUAGAGGCUCAGCACUGGCCUUCAAAUACGAGAGGAGGCUUAGGGCUCGGCCAGCAGGGGGCUGCCUUCCUUUGCCCUGGAGAGGCCAUAAGCAGCGACAAGCUAGGAAGAAUCCGCUUCCCAGGAGCUCAGACACAAAGAUCCCAGGCCUUGGGCAGUAUCUGGGGUCUGCACUUUAGAGAGAAGGCCAAACUGACAUCACUAAACACCCACACAUGCACCAGUAACCUCUGUACCCUGGUCCUGGGGAAGGUGUGCCAACCAAAGAAAUUCAACAAGUUGCCUGCAGUUACUGAGCCAGUAGGGGAUGCUACCAGUAGGGGUCACUGCACCUUGCUUCCCUCUCCCCCUUCCACCCCCCUUCAGACAUGCCUCAGUCCAACUUGACACCAAGCAAAGUUGGGCCAUGGUUAUCAUGGAAUGUGGCUGUGGACUGACUCAGAAGGAUCUGACCAGGCCAAGGUGGUCUGGUCAAAGAAUAAUGGGGAGUCAUCAGAAUACCAGGGGAAGAAGGGGGCUUCGGUCUCAUCGCCUCUGGUGAAAGGACCAACUGCAAGUCUGACCCCAUAGGGCCCAAGGAGGGACAGCUUGCCAGGCAGUAACUGUGCAGAUCCUGGCACAACCUUCUGCUAUUUCAUGUGUGUGUACAUUUGUAAGGAGGUCAGAGGUCAAUACUGGGUGUCUUCCUUGGUUAUUUUCCACAUUAGUUUUUAGGACAGGACCUCUCGCUGAAUGUAGAGUUUCAUCAUUUUGGCUAGGCUUGCCAGUAAGCACCAAAGAUCUAUCUGCCUGUCUUUGUCCCUACAAUUGCUGGGAUUACACACACGUAACAGGUGUUUUGUUUGGAUUUGGUUUGGUUUAUCAAGACAGGGUCUCUCUGUGUAACAGCUCUGGCUGUCCUGGAACUAGCUCUUAUAGACCAGGCUGGCCUCAGACUCACAGACUCACCUGCCUCUGCCUCCCGAGUGCUGGGAUUAAAGGCGUGCACCACUA